AUGAUUACAACACCUUUGAAACAUCCAGGAGUUCACUUGUCUUCAGAGGCAUCUCAAAGGAGAAAUAUACCCAUGCAUGCAAUCUUUUUUGACAGCAUUCCUCCAGGCACACUUACUCCUGUAAAAGAUUUGGUGAAAUAUCAGAACUCUUCUUUAAAAUUAAGAGACUGCAAAAAAAAUCAGUUCAUAGAAAUGACAACUUUUAAUGAUAAUAAAGUAUUUCAAUCUACUGUGCUAGCAGAGGCUAGCAUUUCUAACAGUUCUCUUGAUAUCAGUGUUAUAAAGUCCAACAAGGAUAGAUUUAAAAAUAUACCAAACUAUGAAUCACCAGGAAAAAUAUUUCAAAGAAUGAAAGAAAAAGUACUACGUGAUAAACAAGAACGAGAAUCAAGAAACAGUUUGUUGGAACCACCGAAAAGUGAUAGUAAUAAAAUCUUGACUCCUAAUAGAGCUGAGAAAAGACCAUUGCAGCAUACCUACCUCUGUGAAGAAAAGGAAAACAGCAAACCAUUUCAAUCAGAUAACAAUUCACUAAGAGGAAGUGUCCAAGAAGCACCUAUAGACUCAUCAAAUAAUAUUUUUCUUCCAGUCAAACAAAAAACUCAACAUCAACAAGAACAGGAAGGAUCUCUGAACAAUUUAACUUACGAGCUUCUAACUCUGAAGCAAGAACAUGAAAAUAUUUCAGCUGCAGGAGUCUCAUUAGGUAGAACUCAGUUGGCUAAACAAAUUUCUCACUCAAAAGAGAAUUCAGUUGUAAGCACCAAGUCCAUAAAGGGCACAUUUGUUUUAGAAAGCCUUGAUCCUGCCUAUGAAAAAUCCCAAACAGCUACCGUUGAAACUCUCGGUGCUAAUUGUGUGCCUACCGAUAAAAGCAGUCAUUUAAAGGUUUCUGAGAGUAAGAUGACAAUAGGAGGGACUUCACAGCAAAAAGCUAAGGAAGAAAGUGAAAAAAUAAUGUCAAGAGAGACAGCUCUUCAGUGUUCUAAGAACAGUACAUGUAAAAUUGUGCUUGCAACUCCAAGACUUAAUAUAACAAUGCCUCAAAGAUCAAAAAGAAGAUCAGACAGAAAGAAAAAGCUUUCUCCUCCAAGUAUAUUUCAAACUAUUACAAAUCAAGUGAAAAAAAAUAAGGUAGUCCAGCUACAGGAAUGGAUGAUUAAAAUCAUCAAUGAUAACACUGCUAUAAUUGUAGAAGGAAAACUAAUAGAUGUUGCUGAUAUAUAUUGGCACAGUAAUAUAAUUAUAGAACGUAUUGACCAAAACAAGCUCAGGACUUUGUCUGGCAACAUUUAUAUAUUAAAAGGAACGAUAGACCAGAUUUCCAUGAAAGAAGCAGGAUAUCCAAACUAUCUCAUAAGGAAGUUCAUGUAUGGAUUUCCAAAAAAUUGGAAAGAGCAUAUUGAUACUUUUCUAGGACAAUUAAGGGCUCGUGAAAAGAAAGGAGAAGAGAACAGACAAAAACAGAAAAUUGGAAGAUCUGUCCCAGGCAUUCCCAAAUCAAUGAAAAAUGAUGCAGAAGAAAACCAAACAAAUGUCCUCCAAAGAGCCAGCACCACUUAUGACCUUGAUUGUGAUAACAUGGAAUUGAAGAAUAGUAAGAGCAAUAUGUUGCCAGGAGCUACAGAAUUAAACGUUUGCCAUAGUAAUCGCCAAAAUAAAACACCGUUAAAGCUCACAGAUGACCAAAUAAAUAAUGCUAUUCAAAAUGGAGAGAAAUGUGACUUAUCUAACCAGGAAUUAACUGAAAAAAAAGAAUAUAAAAAGCUGUCUUCGAAGAAACUCAAAAAUUGUGAAAGAACAAAUGAAAGGAUAAUUAAAAGUCAGAAGCAAGAAAGAUCUGAAAAAUCAAAUAUAUCCACUGAUACUCCAACCUCAAGAGACCAGUUUUUCUCAGACGAAGAAAGAAAAUGCAUGGCUAUCAAUCAGAAGAGAGCUUAUAUUUUAGUAACACCACUUAAAUCUAAAAAAGUGAUAGAGCAGAAAUGCAUGAAGUAUAAUCUGUCUGCUAGUACCAUUAAAGCAGUAACAGAUUCUGCAAUGCCAAAGCAUCAGAAAGAAAGUAAAUCAGACUUAAAUAAAAUCACCAGUCCCAUCAGGAAGCCCACAAGGACUUUAGAAAAUACAUUUGAGUACAAUAUGGAUCAUAAAAGUAAAAACAAUGAAGAUUGCAGUGAAUAUGAUAUACUCACUGUCAACAAGAACAUAAAAAUACCUACCCCUAAGAAGGAACAAAUGGCCACCUGUAACUUUAAGAAAAAUACAAGAUUAUUAGCACUGAAGAAAAUUGAAAAUCAAAUAGAUACGUCAUUUCACAAACAUCAGUCUUUAUCAGAUUUGUCUAGUGAAGAGAGCAAAACAGAGAAAGACAUUAAAAGGAAAGCUAGAGUUGUUAAGAAAACCAAAGCAAGAAAUACCAAGAAAACAGUGGACCACCUGAGAAAAAGCACAAGAAACACCACAAGGAAUAUCCCAGUGACUUCUGAAUCUGAAACAGAAGAAAGUGUAAGUGAAUAUUAUAUCAAACAAAAGAAAAUUCGAUCUUCUGCUAAAGAAACUAUACAGAAAUCUGAUACCAGGAAUGAAUCUCCUGUUGUUGAGGGGAUGGGAUCUGAUAAGAUGAACAGACAUCCUUCGGAAUGUACACCUGGUUUAACUCAGGAUGAGGAAUGGAAUGAGGAGGAGUUACAGAAACUUCAUCGAGCUUUUGCAUCUCUUCCAAAGCACAAACCUGGUUUCUGGUCAGAUGUAGCUAUGGCUGUAGGUUCUCGAUGUGCUGAGGAAUGCCAGAACAAAUAUAUGGAAGAUGCCCAAGGAAAAAGAUUGCAGAAACAUGUCACUAAGAAAAAGCCAGCCAAUCCCAAAAGUCAAAAUGGCAAGAUAGGUAAUGCUGAUAAGAAGCAAACUAUUGAGAUAACUGCCAAAGUGGGAACUCUUAAAAGGAAGCAACAGAUAAGGGAUUUUCUGGAACGGUUGCCAAAAGAUGACCAUGAUGAUUUUUUCAGCACAACACCUUUACAAAAUCAAAGAAUACUGUUGCCAAGUUUUCAGAACCAUCAAGAAGAGGGUGAUAUUCUGCCAAACAUGGACAUGAAUCCAACAACUCCAUCAUCAGUUAUCUUUCCGUUGGCAAAAACUCCUCAGUGUCAGCAUGUCAGUCCUGGCAUGCUAGCCUCUAUAGAUAGGGAUGAUUGUGAUAAAUAUGUUUAUCAUAUGCAAAAAAAACAUAAAAGUAAUGGUGGUGUUGUCUGGGGCAAUAUCAAGAAAAAAUCUGUUGAAACUGAUUUUUCAACCCCAACAUCAAGAAGAAAAGCCCCAUCUAGCAAAGAUUUAGGAGAUAACUCUGGUAUUGGAAAACUUUUCACAAAUGCUAUGGAGUCUUUAGAUGAAGAGGAGAAAGAUUAUUAUUUUUCCAACUCUGACCCUGAAUAG